ACCCAAAAAAAAAAAACAAAAAAAGAACAGAUAAUAUAUGAAAGAACAAAUAAACCAAUAACCAAAAAACAAAAAACAAAAAUAUACCAACCCUCUGAAUUUCAAAUCGAUCCGCAGAAGGAAGAAGGCAGCAACAAUGGGUUCCAGACGAGCCUUGUUGCAAUUGUUUCUUUCCUUCCUUGUGCUUGGCUUCGCAUCUUCAUCCUACAUUUCGAAUGAGGUUCUUGAACCUCAUCACGGGUCAGUAGGUCGAUCCCUUCUGCAGCAGAAAACAGCCUGCACAGUGGACUUCGAGCACAUGAACUACACAGUGAUCACAAGCCAGUGCAAAGGGCCGAACUACGCAGCCGAACGCUGUUGCUUACCUCUGAAGCAACUGAUUUGCCCCGUGCAUGAGCAGUUCAACGACCCGAGGAGCAACUGCCCAGAAACAUUUUUUAGUUACGUGAAUCUCUAUGGAAAGUACCCGCCGGGGCUCUUUGCAUCUUUGUGCAGGGAAGGCGAGAAAGGCCUCGACUGCAGAGAGGUCCUUGCUACGCCACCACAGCAGCAAAACGGGGCUCGUCCCCCUCGUGCUCACACCCCUCUGCUGAUGAUGCUCUUCACUGCACUGGCAUUGCUCGUAUUCAACAUGUCAUGAACAUAUAGAGAUGUUCUUUAUCUGCCUGAACUUGAUUUCCAGUGGUCUAAGCAUAAUAAAUAAGUGGAUCUACUCCACUUGGUGUUGAUAUAUACUUAAUUUUAAUAACUGUUCUUGAUUUUAUUGAUUGCUGAUAUGAGUUUUCUGUUUUGUGAUUGGGAUUGAGAGGAGAAAUCUGGUGAAUUUUCUUUACAUCAGAGCAUGCUCGUGCUCAUAUUUGUAAUACUACAGCUUGUUUUCAAUGGGAAUUUUCUAUUCCACUUAA